CUGCCAUGAACACCUUCCUGCUCUCGGUGCUCUGCCUCCUUGGGGCCUGGGCCGCCCUGGCAGAGGGGGUCACUGUGCAGGAUGGAGAUUUCUCCUUUUCUCUGGAGUCAGUGAAGAAGCUCAAAGGCCUCCGGGAGCCCCAGGAGCCCAGAAUUGGGAAAUUCUGGAUGCUUAAGCCCAUGCCUGGUGAAUCUGUGGUUCCAGUCCUCUGUAGCAUCCCGAAGUUUCCAGAAGAACUCGAGCCUCUCUGCAAGGAGCCAAACGCCCAGGAGGUCCUUGAGAGCCUGAAGGCCAUCGCUAACGACCCGAACACAUGUGAGAUCUGUGCCUACGCUGCCUGUGCCGGAUGCUAG